AUGGUAAUGAAUAUGGCUCCCCAGAAUGCUGACUCGGAAUCUAUGCAAGUUCAAGAUCUACCUGUGGCACAGCUUCAGAAACCAGAAAGCAAGGAGAAUGAAAGUAGGGAGGAGACCAUUAGUGAAGGCUCCAUAGACCGGAUACCGAUACGCCUGUGGGUGAUGCACGGUGCAGUAAUGUUUGGCAGGGAAUUCUGUUAUGCCAUGGAGACAGCUUUGGUAACACCUGUAUUGUUACAUAUUGGUCUUCCUGAACAAUACUACAGCCUCACAUGGUUCCUUAGCCCCAUCCUGGGCUUGAUCUUCACUCCGCUUAUAGGUUCUGCCAGUGACCGCUGCACGCUGAGCUGGGGCCGCCGGCGGCCUUUCAUUCUUGCUCUCUGCAUUGGUGUCCUCUUUGGAGUUGCACUUUUCCUUAAUGGUUCUGUUAUAGGUCUGGCUAUUGGCGAUGUCCCGGAUAAGCAGCCCAUUGGAAUCGUUCUCACAGUGCUUGGUGUUGUGGUGUUGGACUUCUGUGCCGAUGCAACAGAAGGGCCAAUUCGGGCCUACCUGUUGGAUGUGGUGGACAGCGAAGAACAAGACAUGGCCCUUAACAUCCAUGCGUUUUCCGCUGGUCUUGGAGGAGCAAUUGGUUAUAUGUUAGGAGGGCUGGACUGGACACAGACCUUCUUUGGUGAUAUUUUUAAGUCUCAAGAGCAAGUCCUUUUCUUCUUCGCAGCCAUUAUUUUCUCUGUCUCCGUUGCUCUCCACCUUUUUAGCAUUGAAGAAGAGCAAUAUAGCCCUCAGCAGGACAGGAUUGAUGAAGAAGGAGACACCCUUUCCAGUGUCAAACUCAGCGGUAGUCUUCCCCCUGUGAACCGACUGAAUGUAAUUAGUGAGGAAGAGCCGUAUGGGACCUCCAUGUUCCACGAUGAGGUUCAGUCAGAGCAUGAUCUCAGUAUGGAGUUCCUCGAGGUGAACAUUGUGAGAAGCAAGAGUGACUCGGUUCUACACAUGCCCGAUGCUACGUUGGAAAUUGAAUCAGAGCUGCUUUUUCUGCAUGACAUCGAACCCUCCAUUUUUCAGGAUGGUUCCUAUCCAAACACUCCCCACAACACAAGCCAAGAGACCAUGAAGUCCAAACUCAACCACCUCUCUGCUUUCCUCAGGGACAAUGAGAAAGAGGAGGACAUGUUGCUUGAUAAUCGCUUGAACGAAGAUAAAGUCCCAAACAUCAAUGGCUCCCUACCAAAAGAGUUCCUCAAUGGACACGCUAGGAUAGGCAUGAAGCAAUCCAGCACCUCCAACUCCAUGCGGCGGCGGCGGCACAUGUUCUACCGUCAGCCAUCAUACACCUUCUCCUACUAUGGCAAGAUAGGCUCCCACCGCUAUCGCUUCCGUCGCGCCAACGCCAUCGUGUUGAUCAAGUCCUCACGCAGCAUGAAUGAUAUCUAUGACAUGCAGAAGUGGCAGCGACAGAGGUGCAGACACAGGAAUCAGAGCGGGACGACAAAUUCAAGUGGAGACACAGAGAGUGAGGAGGGGGAGACCGAAACCACUGUCAGGCUCUUGUGGUUGUCCAUGCUAAAGAUGCCAAAGGAGCUGCUGAGACUGUGCGUCUGUCACCUCUUAACUUGGUUUUCCAUCAUUGCUGAAGCUGUGUUCUAUACAGACUUCAUGGGACAGGUCAUCUUUCAGGGGGAUCCAAAGGCCCCUUCUAACUCAACUGAGUUACACGCCUACAAUGCUGGAGUUCAGAUGGGGUGCUGGGGACUGGUCAUUUAUGCUGCUACUGCUGCUGUAUGUUCAGCCUUGUUGCAGAAAUACUUGGACAACUACGACCUUAGUAUAAAAGUGAUCUACAACCUGGGCACGCUGGGUUUCUGUGUUGGCACUGCAGUGAUGGCUAUAUUCCCCAAUGUGUACGUCACCAUGAUAAUGAUCAGCACUAUGGGAAUAGUCUCCAUGAGCAUCUCCUACUGCCCCUAUGCACUUCUGGGACAAUACCAUGAUAUUAAACAGUACAUCCACCACAGCCCCGGGAAUUCCAAGCGCGGCUUCGGCAUAGACUGCGCCAUUCUGUCCUGUCAGGUUUACAUCUCCCAGAUCCUCGUGGCCUCUGCUCUCGGUGGCGUGGUGGACGCGGUCGGCACCGUCAGGGUCAUUCCCGUGGUGGCUUCGGUGGGAUCCUUCCUGGGGUUUUUGACAGCCACCUUCUUGGUGAUUUACCCUGAAGUCAAUGAGGAGCCGAAGGAAGAGCAGAAGGGACUUGAUCCUCCAAAGGCAACCGAGGCCAACGGCACGAGCACCGAGAAGCCGCCCGUGCUGAAGCUCACACGCAAAGGGGAGUCUGCAGCAGGGCUGGAGGGCGAGUCAGCCGUGUGAGGCCACCGCUGCUCCUUCACCACAUUCCAGGGAGUUGCAGGUGCAGGAUCGAGGACUUGGGGUCGGGUUUUUCUUUUCCAGGAGAACAAAUUGGGAUCUUCACUACUUGUAGCUGAAAACGAAAAGGCAGUUUUGUGCAAACAUGUAAAUGAAAUCCUGUAGUCCUUCAUCUAGGUUUGAAGCCGUAGCUGUGGCGCCGAUUGCUUUCUCUCCAGCUUAGAAACGUCAUCUCUGAACACUUUUUUAUUAAGGAUACAUUUAGAUUUCGAGUAAGUUUUAUUAACCUGCAUGAGACUCACAGUGUAUACAGUUAGCUGUUAGAAACAAAUGAAGUUUUCAGCUGUUUUUGACUGAAAAUGGAAGCUCUCUCAACUUAGUCUCUUGCUACCUUUUUUUGUCUGACCAUUUCAGGUUUCACUCGUGUAACAGCUCAAUCGAAACGCUUUGACAUCUCGAUCCAUUUCUUUCCAUGAGCAUGAUAGUAUCGGUCUGACAGCGACAGUUGUUUAAUGUUCAUUUUAGACUUCAGGGGGUUUAUUAGUGCAAUGACAAAGAAUGGGUUUCUUUGCUGUUAUUUUCAAGCAAAACAAAAGCAAUUACUGCAGUUUCUAAGAAACUGCUGUGAAUCCUUUAGUCACACUGUUGACAACAGCUCCCAGGUCUGCUGCUUGUCAAGAGAGGGUGAUACUGGGUGCUUGAUGUCAGCUGUAGACGGAAGGAGCAGCAGUGGGGAGAGGUGAUCAGCACUCACAGGUUCUUACCACAAGUGCUGCAUAUUAUGAAUGUCAUUGGAAUAUGCUGUGACAAUGUUUAGCUGGGGGGUUGUGUGCCGGUGAACUUGGUGUUUAAACCUGAUCAUCUCUGGAGGAAGCUGCCACGGAGAAAGGGAAUCUCUGGGGUCAGUUUAAUGGUAGAGGGCAUGUGGAUUCUCUUUCAUAGGGAAAGGAAGUCGUUGCUUAAUUGCACUUUGAUCCUUUAACCUCCUGGCUGGGAGCACAGCAGCCAAGGUAAAGGCACAGUGUCAGUACAAGGUAAACCCAAGGCCUACCUCUGUCAUGUUAUAGCAUAGUCUGGGUAAGAAGCAGCUUUUAGGCCUUAAAAUUCAAUCCAUGUGUUGCUGUUCCCAUCCCUGUGUUGGAGGAAUCGUAGGCUCUUCAGAGCUGCUGUCCCAGUGUCAUCAACGCAACCUCUGCCUCCCCUUCCUUGAUUCAGGACAU